AAAAUAGCGUUAUGGAGAAAUGUUGACCUCCUAAACAAAUUUUCAUUUCAGCAGAUGUUGCAACUCCUAUUUGACUUAUUUUUCUUUUUUCUUUUCCUGCUGCAUGAGGAAAAGUUGCAGACGGGCCGCAUUUUCCACAGCGCUUAGCCGCGACAAAGAGGCCGUCGGUGCAGCUGGGCAAGCCUGCUGACUUGACGCCAUUUUGCCGCACUUUUGUUCGUGCGGCUCACCGGCUCUAUAAAGGCGCUGCCGCGUGCACAACGUGGCCCGAGGCGAUCUGCCGUAUUUUCUGAUCACCCGCCGCCACAAUGAGCAAGAUCAUCUUCUUUGAGGAUCGCAACUUCCAGGGCCGCCACUUUGAGUGCAGCGGCGACUGCCCCGAGAUGCAAAACCACUUCAGCCGCUGCAACUCCAUCCGCGUUGAGAACGGCUGCUGGGUGGCUUACGAGAAGCCCAACUACGCCGGCUACCAGUACAUGCUCCACAAGGGCGACUACCCCGACUACCAGCGCUGGGCCGGAUUCAACGACUGCAUCCGUUCCUGCCGCCUGGUGCCGCCCUACAACGGCAGCUACCGGAUGAAGAUCUUUGAGCGCUCGGAUUUCGGCGGGCAGAACCUGGAGCUGAUGGAAGACUGCCCCGACCUGAACGAGCGUUUCCACACGCGCGACAUCUCCUCGGUCAACGUGAUGGAGGGCUACUGGAUGCUGCAUGAGCACCCCAACUACAGGGGACGCCAGUACUUCCUGCACCCCGGCGAGUACCGCCGACACAGCGAGUGGGGCGGCGCCAGCCCCACCGUGGGCUCGCUCAAACGCGUCAGCCAGCUCGACUGAUUUGUCGCUCGUUCUCAUCCCGCCGCCACCGAACUUCCUUCCCUCGAUGUCUCGUCUAUUUGGCAAUAACCAAAUAGUCCCUCGGUAGAAUGUUUUUGCCUUGCCCCCCCCUGCCCAAAUCCACACAGAAAAUAAAAUCUUCAGAAAAGUCA